CUUCGUGACUUCGUCGUCUUCAUCCGCGAUUGCAAACUAAACAGAAUCAUAUUGUCACAGCUCACACUCUACACAAUUCAAUUAAAUUCCACUGCUGAAGCAACCAAUUUUGCAGGUUUAACAGCGUGCAUCACAAACUGGAACUAAAUAUGAGGAAACGCACCGUUUUGGCAUGGGUAGUAGCAGUUGUUUGCUUCGUAGUGCUGAUGAUCGUUACCCCAGCCAUUCCUCAGUCACAAGAAUAUCAUGAUUUCGCAGACCAGCGCACCUUCUUUGGCAUUCCUAAUGCACUUAAUGUGAUAUCAAAUUUCCCAUUUAUGAUUAUUGGCCUUAUUGGGGUUAUUCUCUGUCACCAUGGAAAUUAUUUCAAGCUCAGCUUGCAAGGGGAACUAUGGGGUUGGACAUGCUUCUAUGUUGGUGUGGCCGCAGUUGCUGUUGGAUCUUCAUACUAUCAUCUCAAGCCGGAUGAUGCUCGCCUUGUGUGGGACAGGUUGCCUAUGACUAUUGCAUUUACAUCAAUCGUGGCGAUAUUCAUCAUCGAGAGGAUCGAUGAGAGGAAGGGAAUGAUUUCAAUUAUACCUCUAUUAUUGAUUGGUAUAAUAAGCAUUGUGUAUUGGAGGUUCUUUGAUGACCUCCGUCCAUAUGCCGUAGUCCAAUUUGCUCCAUGCAUCGCCAUUCCUCUCAUGGCUAUUUUGUUGCCUCCGAUGUACACACAUUCAACUUACUGGCUCUGGGCUGCAGGAUUUUAUCUUCUAGCGAAGGUGCUAGAGGCUGCUGAUAAGGUGAUCUAUGAAUGGACUCAUCAUAUUGUCAGUGGUCACACACUUAAACAUUUGUCUGCAGCUAUGGUUCCUGUCUUUUUGACAUUAAUGCUUGCAAAGAGGAGUGUUGAUUCAGAGAGGCAAAGUUUACUUAAAACCUGGAGAGUUUCAUGGACCAAGUACAGAGAGGGUAACUCCAAUGUUGAGAGCUACACUAUAUCUUACUCAAAUGUGCCUGUUGAGGAGCCCCAAUAGCAUCUCUUUUCUUUCUUACUGAGAAGAACAGCUUAAUUUUGAUGUAUCAAGUUUUUUUUUUUUUUUUUACUUGCUUCCAUUAGGGUGUGAACAAAUCAUUGGAUGCAAGUAUAAUUUGUUUUACAAAACAUAUCAAAAUUAUUCACUACCAAAUAAUGUUCCAUAGGAUAACAUUACUUGUAAUUAACAAUUUAGCUUAUAGUUUGUAAUAUGUAUAGUUCAUGAUAUUUGUCACAUAAAAGAACUAUUGAAAAUCUGUGAUAGUCAA